UUGGCCGAUCAAGACUCCAAAAUGCAGCUCAGCGCUCUUCAAGAGGCCAUGUUGGAUUGCCUCAAGAAUGACAGCAGCGCAGUCUUUGACUCUGGCGGACUCCCGACAUGUCCCGGCGUCUGGGACGGAAUCCUAUGCUGGCAACCAGCUCCUGCAGGGACCAUGGCCCAGGUCAACUGCCCGCACUACGUCUACGGCUUCGACAAACGAGAAAUGGCCACCAAGUGGUGCACGGAGAACGGGACGUGGUACGUGAGUCCAGAGCACGGCCAGCCCUGGACCAACUAUACUCGCUGCUUCACGCAGGGCGCGACCAUGCCCUCCGAGAACAUCUCCUUCUUCGAGCCCCACCUGCCGACCAUCAAGCUCAUUUCCAAGGUGUGCUACACAGUGUCCCUGGUGACGCUCCUAGCCGCCUUUCUCAUCCUGGCUUCCAUCAAGAGGCUCCGCUGUCCCCGGAACAGCCUACACAUGCAUUUGUUCAUUUCCUUCAUCCUGAGGGCGCUGGCAUUCCUGCUUAAGGAUGCGCUCUUUGUCGACGGCGUCGGACUUUCGACUAACGUGGACUUCAACGAAGAGAACGUGGACUGCAAGGUGUUCACGAGCUUCUGGCACUACGUGCUGAUGGCCAAUUACUGCUGGAUCCUCAUGGAGGGACUGUACCUGCACAGUCUCGUCUUCCUCGCCUUUUUCACGGACAGUUCGGGGAUUUUACGAUACGUGGCACUCGGCUGGGGCCUCCCCGUCUUGUUCAUCAUUCCCUGGGUCGUGGUGCGAGCGACGCUGGAUGACACCCUCUGCUGGACAACCAAUGUCAGGCAAGACUUGUUCUGGAUCAUCCGAGGACCAAUCACAGCGUCCAUCGUGGUGAACUUCGUUCUCUUCCUUAACAUCACGCGGGUUCUGUUCGCUAAACUCUUCGCUUCACAGACGCCUCAGGCACGAAAGUACCGCUACAGGAAAUGGUUCAAGUCUACGCUGGUUCUUGUCCCAUUGUUCGGGGCGCACUAUACUUUCCUACUCGGAAUGUCCCUGGCUGCCGCGGGGGACCGCGUUGAGUUGAUAUGGCUCUACGUUGACCAGCUCUUCUCUUCAUCUCAGGGGUGCGUGGUGGCGCUGCUCUACUGCUUUUUGAACGGCGAGGUGCAGACGGAGCUGCGCAAGUUGUUCCAGAGAUGGCGCUGCGACCGUCGCGGUCCGGGCUGCGGGGACAAGCAGCUGCAGCACCGGCACUCGCUCUUCACCCAGUCGGUCACUUUCCUCAGCAGAGGUCGGAGUUCCAUCCAAUCGUUGCACUCCGAAUAUCCCGAAGGCCGCGAGCUCAACCCUGUGCUAAGAGACGUCUCACUUUCGUCGACUGUAUCUCCGCACCUGGACAGGAGAGAAGGCGUAGCCAAGAGCCCGUCUCCGAACUCAAUUAAGAGUAGGACGAGCCAGCGGCUGCUGAGCAACGCCGACCAGGAGUCGCUCGGUGCGGUCAAGAGGAUGUCCAUUCCGGAGUACCUGGACCCAGCCAAGCGGACGCCGGAAGACAAGACAGGCAGCCAGCGAAAACUCAACGGAGGCUGUCCGAUUCGCUGGGAGUGCCACGAUGCCGACUCGGACGGCGGUGCACCAGCCGAUACGAGCGAAGACAACCUUCUCGAAGGGGUCAUCCAGAAAGAGACAUGCCUCUAAGGUUAGGCCCUUUGUCGUGGCUUUCAGGGACCGUGUACAGUGAUCCCCAGAGGACUGCCUGAACCACGCCACUGCCCCCUUGUUAAUGGAAACGUCGAAUUAGCCUGCGUUCAGUGAUCUCGGUAACCACGUCGGGACAAUCAUGACCGCAAAGUGGUUGUGGAGAACUGUGACCAACCAUCAGUGUCAGUCGAAUUGGGUGUCUUAUAAGGCGGGGUUGAGAACCGGUUGAACCAGCUCGACUUCUGAGAAAACAAAAAAUCAUCCCCUCGAUAUGAGUACGCAAGAAUGUCAUGUUAAACUGUUACCGUUUGUAGAACUAUGAUGGAAAUAUUUUGUCUCAAGAGUUGAUCGCAUAUUAACAUCAUCUGAGAGCAUUUUCACCGCCAACGCAGCGCUAAAGCGCUGUUAGAAAAGUGAAUAGCCUGGGAAAAAUCCACCACCUCUGAACUUUAAAAGUUGACAAAGCGGAGUGUGGAUUUUUGUGAAAAUUAGGGACCUGUCCACGAUGAUUUAGCGGAAAGCGAGUCCAAUUUCUCGGGCUGUUCAUCUGCGGUGAGAAAGUUCUACGAUCUCCGCAUCUUCCUGCGAACAUCAAGGAGGCAAUGCUUGAAUACUAUCAAUCGUUGUCACCACACAGUUUUAAGCUCAAACUUGAGUGAAAUUGAAUACACAGAAUCGUCAAUAUUUUAUAAAGUGUCUGCCGUUCAAUUACAUGAAGUUAAUAUUGUCGCUAACGUUUCUUAGUUUUCAAAAACGUCGCCAGCUUAAUCAUUAACUGGCGGUUUGCUAUACACAGCUGUGGUAAAUCCUUUCAUUUCUCUAUUCGUUUAUUUCACGUACCAGUGUCAACCAAUUCAAAGCAAUGGGCGUUCAGGUUCUCGAAAGCGUCAAUCGUCAAAUAAUAUUAUGCACUCGUACCUUUUGUUAAAUUUUAACUGUGUUAGAAAGGUCGCUCUUAAAGUUUUAAUGAUGAUGUUUCCUAGUUGUUAGACACGUGCAAACUGAAUUUUAAACCGGGCUAAGAACAUCCAGCCUGCUACAUCACAUUACGUCACCGUAAAAACAAAAAUGAGAGAAAAACAAAAAACACCAGUGGCCGCCUCAUUUUCAAGAUUAUACACCACAGUAUUCCCUUUUUUUAAAUAAAUUAGCAGAAAUCUGAAACUAAUAUAGGCAGGUUGAAUUAAAGAAACCAUCACUUUAGCAGACAUACACUUUGUUUUGGAAAUAAAAAAAUUAUACCGACGGAAUUUUUAUUCAUUAGUGACCAGUUGUGUGCGUGUUUGGAAACGGAAUGAAAGAUGUACGUGACAAAAAUGAGCUACAUCAGGCUGCAUAGAGUCCAGAAACAAGGUAAAUUGUAAGAUGUUACUGUAUGUAUUUAAUAAAGGUACUUGCUUGGUCAUUUCUAAGGCUGUUUGCAACAACAUUUUUGUCUGGUUGACAAUAGGACAUUUGAAAACAUAGAGAUCUCCAAUUAAAAUUGGAUUGUCUAAUAUUGCCAUUUCUUGCGCGGAAGUGGGUUCUUGGAAAAUACCAGUCAUCUACUAAAACCUGCAUUCUAUACCACAUCGAAACAUCUCAAAAAUCUGUACAAAACAUUUUUGGGCAAAGAAGUGUUAUUCAACAAGGUCAUUUAAAAUUAAUCUUAUGUGGCACCAGGAGCAGCAUCAGGUUGUUCUGUAGUGUUCUACCUUAGGAAGCGUUUGGAGGCCAGUAUACAAAUAAUUUUCCAAUAGUAGUUUAUUUUAGGAAAGUUUGAUGUUUUUUUAUGCAUUUCGGCCUUUUAUAAAAUGUCCAGACAAGUAGACACUGGCUCACUUGUCAACUUACAGGGUAUCGCGUAUUAUAUUUUCUUUAUUGUUUAUAAAAAAAGUGUUUUUCUGUGCACACAAAGACUAUAGCCGUCACGUAUAUAAAUAUAUAUGACGGCUAUCACCAUAGUCGUCAUAUAUAAGUCAUGUAAACGUUGGCAAAUGCGUAGAACUUCUCAAAUUGUGCAUCGUCCCAGUUGCCUCACAAAAUGUCACUCCUCGACGAAGUGCGAAGUUCUUAAAGUCGCACAAAACAAUGUGUAAGCUGACGCUGCAAGUUAUUAGCUGGAGCACGUGUGACGGGGGUUUCGUCCUUUAUUACUGUCGGCUGGAACUUAUUUGGUGACACUAUGUACGGGACUGCAAGAUUGGUGUCAAGCUUGCCUAAUUACGAAAAAGAAACCUUGGAAUAAAUGUGUGGAGUUAUAAAUAAAAAUUGCCAGCUCUAUUCUUAGGACCUUCUUGUUCACGUUACAUGAGUCAGAGACCAAUCGCAGAUAUAAUUAAAAGCUUCCUGACAUGUACACGGUCGGAGUACCAAGGUAAGAUUGCAAUUGACAAUUAAACUUUUUUAAUCUACAUCAUAAUCAAACACAACCAACUGCGGUAAUAGCUACUUUUUAGAAGCAAACAUCACCAUUUUUGCAAAACAUAUUGAAUCAGUUCGUUGUUACUAGUCUUACAAAAAUAAAGUUGAAGAAUCAUCAUUUCUUGUUUUAUAUGUGCUGAAAUUAUCCAACUAUUCUAAUGCUUCUGGAUUGUACAAGCGCCGUAGAACGAUCAGUCACAUAAGUCAUACCCUAAAUAUGCUUACGCAAUAGUAUGUCAGUGAUGUGUGUAAUUUGGUAUGUGGAGACUAAGUUGCUCUUUGAAAGAUCUAGAUCGCGGUCAAAUGCACUGCAAGAUUGAAUUUCUGCAAUGUAUCUGUCAACAUUCUUAUCGUGAUUGAAAUAAAAGAAAGAUAUGCGAAUCUUUGAGGAUAAAAAA